AUGACUGCGGAAUGUAUUUGCCAGAUGUUGCACGAAAUGCGAGAGAGAGACUUCGUGGCCGGGAAGGGCUGGAUGGAAGGGAUGCAACAUCUCAUCGAGCACACCCCCAGAGACCACGUUGGAAGACGCUAUGGCCUAGACGACUUUGCAGGACCCUUGCUUCGAGAUCACUUCAUCCAAUGGACCGCAGCGCAUUCCAGGGCAGUGAACUUCCGAAAAGUCAUUCUUCGUCUGGAGAUGAAGGUGGUGGUGGCCACCAAACACCUGGACCUGAACUACGACUGGACCUUGCGGCAGGGUGCCUUUGGCAGAGAGACCAUGAAGAUGGCUGAGGCCUUGGGAGCGACGAAAUCGCCUCCCUUCGAUGGCUUCAUGCACAUGAAGAGAGGUCUUCUCUUCGUGGGCUUGCCCUUGCGCUUGUAUCUGGCCGACAGCCCCCACCUCUACGAGCUGCUUCGUCGCAUGCGCCAGAGCUGUGGACUUGCGGAGCCUUCAGUGUCCUCCAUCCGUGCCACGUUGGAUGCCAAUGGUCUUCCCUACUCCGUCCUGGUCUACGGCAUCUUGGCGGCCUUGCAAGCCUUGCACGCCGCGCGGCUCACUGGGACCCGAGCUGGAACAGGCGCUCAAGGCUUAGAUGCGUUCUGUGCCACCGCCCGGCGUGAUGGAGAUGGCUUCGAAGUCAAGGAGGUGGACCAAAACUGCUCCUUGAUCUUCCGUGGCAUUUGGGUCCCACAACGCAUCGACGAGUACAGGGCCACCUAUACCUGGACCUUCAACUCCUUUUCUCGAAGUGUCCAAGGAGUGAUGUGGGUCUUGGACUUUUAUGCAGUGGAACCCACUGGCAACGAAGAGGUCGCCCGAUUGGCUUGGGAGGAGUCACACAUUUUGCUCUAUGUUGCGCGGUUUCAUGCCACGAGCAGCGUUUGGGCGUUCCCGGUUCAGUUUUUCAAUUCGGGAAUCGCUGCAGAUGUGGAGAAGGAGUUGGUGGUCCUUCCCUUUGUCGAGUAUGAGUUUGAGAAGAUCCAAGGGACGAUGUACGAGAUCCGCAGCAGCAUGUCUUCUGCCAUGAAGCGUUCAGCCUUGGCGCAGAUGGAGAGCAGAUGGGGUGUGUCCUUUGCAGAACAAGCACCGCUUUUGCUGGAGCUACUGGAGGGAGGCGCAAGCCCAGGCUGCAAAGAGUACGGCGGCCUCAAUCGCAAACUGAAAGUCUCAGUGCGCUUUGUGAAAGCCAUCAAGCCGUGCAAACCCAUCUUGAAGCUCAUGAGUUUGGCCAACUCUGCACCGGAAGAGCUUCUGUUGGCCUUUCCACCAAAAGACCCUGAGGCUGCCAAAGAUGCCAAGAGCAUCUUUGGAGCUGGCUAUGCUGAGCUCAACCAGAUGGUGGGAAGCCCCGGGGUCGCUCUGUGCCUCAAGCUGUUCUUCCAAGCUGGAUUUUUCAUGAUUUUUAGGCUAUGGCCCCAAAAUUCAGGAAAUAAAGGAUGA